AUGCGUCCUGCAGCUUGGUUACAAUCUUACGAUGCUGUCGCCGUCGCCGUCCAGGACAAUCUAGUCAUCACUACGCCCAACAUGCCAUUCGUUCCCAAGUUCCACCAUUUCGAAGAAGAAAACGUACAAGCCCGCGCCGAUGGUCGUUUCAGCGUCGUCGACUGCUUUCAAUGGCCUCAAGCCUAUGACAACAUAUUUUGCAAUUCUGUCUGCAUUCUUCGGAAGGAGGCCUACCCGUUCCCACACCCGCUUCACUGGGCGUGGUACACUCCCGAGCAAAAGGACUUCAAGACCAUCCCAGGCAAUUCGUUUCCUGUAGGCACGCUUGCCUCUGACAAGGUCGAAGGACUGGAGUCACUCCUCAAAUUAGUAGAAAAACGUGUACAAGACUGGAGGGCCAAUCGACAAGGCAAAAAGGAUGUCAUCGUCAAUCGUGUCGUCUCUCUUCGACACAGUAUCUUGCGCCUCAAAAAACAUCCCCUGACCUUUCGCGACCUUCUCAUCUUCGUCACGGACGCCCAACGCCUCUUCGUCGAAAUUCACUCUUUUAUGGAUUGGGUUCUCAUUGCCCAACCUCGCAUCUCCUCUGGCGACGGGACUGUCAUCGUCAAUUCGGAAUGGAUGGGUGCUUUCACGCAUGACAGUGACAUGUGCAACAAGCUCCACAUGGCUGGUGUGCCCGUCUGGUAUGUCUGCACGAUGGCAUAUAUACCUGCUAAUAUGAGGGUCCACAAACCUGUGUUGAUCACUCAUCCGGAUGACAUCGUCAUCUCGAUGUACGCGGAGGGCAACAGAAUCUGCCCUUACAAUAUUAUUUAUCAUGGCCAAGGUGGCCACCAGUGCCAACUUCACGUUCGUCGCCUGUAUGGCGGCACAACUUUCAUAAAUCCCGACGUCACGGUUCCCUCGUCCGCAUCAUCCUGCAGUUUCUCUACUCCCAGUUCUUCUGCUCUCGCGCCAUCCUCUCAAACAUCCGCUGCUGGAAGAGCACCUCAACAAAGGGAAUCCAGGGACAAGUGGAAAGACCCUGAGAGCCCAUAUCUUCCGCCCUCUCUUUUGCAUUGGGAUGAUGCCCUCAAGACUUGCAACAAGGAUCCAUCUCACAUCCACAUGCCUUACGCCAUCGACCGGGGAUACAGAUUCCCUGAACCCGCUCUCCUCCUCGGUCCCAAGCUGCUGGAGCGCCUCCAGGGUUAUAUUGCUACCUGGCUCGCCUGUCGUCCGCUAUGGAUUGGCCGAGUCGAUCACGACCCGCCAUGCAAUUACCCUUCGCCACAGCUCUGGCGUGACUUCCUCGGCAGCGGACUGACAACCCAAGGCGCAACAGCCCAAGGCGCAGCACCCAAAGGCAAGGAUCCCCAAAAGAAGGGACCUACAGCGGCGGAGAAGCGCAAGGCGGUGAUGAGGGACUUAUUUGGGGAUGACAUGUUGGAGACUCAGGGUGACCUGUUCGCACGAGAAGGAUCGGUGGAAUUUCGUGGCGAACAAGUGUUGGUUGCCAGUCUCGCUAACCCUCCACAGCGUCUCGCUCAAAGGAUCACAUGGGAGUUAUUCGAGCUUGGUUUCUGUUAUGAGCUGAGGGACCUCGAUCGCUUCCUGGCUCGCAAACGUUGGGCAGAUGAUCCGAUCGGUCGCGAGCAGCUUCUUCAUUCUAUCUUCCCUGGCGAGGCUGGUUUAGUCAUGUGGUCAGAGCAAUUUCCAGAGGACAACUACGGCAUGUGGAAUAACACCUUAAUUGGUGUUCUCCCUUACCUGGAGAAAUUCCGAGAACUUAUCUGUGCUUGGGACGACGCUCUGCCGCUUUUGGUUGCGCCACUGACGCCAGAUAGCUUCACGGAUACCAAGUGUUGGGAAGUCAUGCAUUCUGCAACCGCGUUCUAUGUGCAGACAUUCUUUUGUCAUUUUGGCAGGCCCCCCAUCGUUCCCCAUUCCAUCCCUUUGUGA